AUGGCUGCGCGAGCUUCCUCUAUUCUGCGCCGCUCCUUGUUAUAUGUCCCGGCAUCUUCUCAAAAGAUGCUCUCCAAAUCCCUCGGCUUGACGACAGACAACGUCACGUAUGACCUGGAGGACUCGGUCACUCCCUCCCACAAGGAGAAUGCCCGGAACCAGUUGAAGGGGCACAUUUCAGGCCUCAAGUCGCGCCCCUCUACUAUUGCAGAGCUUGCCGUCCGAAUCAAUGCUGUCUCAACUCCUUUUGCUCUUGAAGACCUAACUACCCUGUCAUCGGCCGAGCACCUUGAUGCUAUUGUCGUGCCCAAAGUCAACUCGGCCGCCGAUCUGACCUUUGUCACUGAUGUGCUGCGGCACGUCGCCCCCAAACGUCACGAAGAUGGCUCAACAAACCCAAUCAGAAUUAUAGCACUCAUCGAAUCCGCUCGGGCAGUCAUGGAUCUCCCCUCCAUUUGUCAGGCCUCCCCUUUUCUUAGCGGUUUGAUAUUUGCGGCCGAGGACUUUGCACUUGACCUGUCCAUAACCAGGACGCCUACUCUAACGGAAUUCCUCUAUGCAAGGUCAGCCAUUGUCACUGCAGCUCGAGCAUACAAUCUCCCUAGCGCCAUUGACCUGGUUUGCACCUCCUAUCAGGGGGAUGAUGGGCUCCAGAUACUGGAGGAGGAAUGUAAGGGGGGGAAAGCUAUGGGCUUCAACGGCAAGCAAUGUAUCCAUCCCGGACAGCUGGAGACUGUCCAGCGCUUGUUUGCUCCCGACAUGAGGGAUGUCGAGUGGGCUGUUCGCAUCACCAUCGCCGACGAAAAGGCCGCGGCUGCCGGACGUGGUGCGUGGACUCUCGAUGGGAAGAUGAUUGAUGCCCCAGUUGUGGGCAAAGCCCACUCAAUAAUAGCCAAAGCUGAGCAGUGUGGUAUUCGAGUCCAAGAUCUAAGAGAACAGUGGAAGGGUCAGGAACCGGAAUAA